AUGGCCUCUUUACUAAACUACCUCGGGAUCCGCGACACCGCGACCCCCAAAGACGAUGAGAAGAACGCAACGCGCGCCCUCCCCGCAAACUGGUACACAUCGCAGGAGAUGUUCGAGCUCGAGCGGCGCGCCAUCUUCUCCCGCAAGUGGCUCAUGACCACACACAGCCUCCGCCUCCGCAACACAGGCGACUGGCUGCGCUACGACGUCGCGGGCUUCCAGUUUGUGCUCGUCCGCGACCGGCAGGGCGAGAUCAAUGCAUUCCACAACGUCUGCCGACACCGCGCUUUCCCUGUUGUUACGGAGGAGAAGGGGUCCUCAAGGAUCUUUGCGUGCAAGUACCACGGCUGGUCGUAUGGACUGAAUGGAAAACUAGCCAAGGCACCGGGGUACCAGGACCUCGAGGGGUUCGACAAGAGCAAGAACGGGCUGCUGCCCAUCCACGUGCACAUCGACAACAACGGCUUCAUCUGGGUGAACCUCGACGCAAAGGAACAGCCCGAGAUCGCAUGGGACGACGACUUCAAGGGGAUCGACCGGCAGCCGCGCAUGGACUACAUCAACUGGGACGACUACGAGUUCGACCAUACGUGGGAGCAGGAGGGGGACUUCAACUGGAAGAUCCUGGCGGAUAACUACAACGAGUGCUACCACUGCGCGACGACGCACCCGGAUAUCCCGGCCCUGGCAGAUCUGGCGACGUACUCGGUUGAUACGAAGGAUGGGGGCAUUAUCCAUGAUGCGCACUCGAAGCCUGAGCAGAUUGCGGCUGGGUUCAAGGUUGCGAGUACUUAUUAUUUUCCGAAUGCGUCGAUGAAUGUUUCACCACACUUCUUCUUCACACAGCGCUUCGUCCCCGUCGCACCGGGAAAGUCCAUCAUGAAAUACGAAGUCUACCGCAACAAAAACUCGACCGACGAGCAAUUCGACGUGAUAAGCUCCAUGUACAAGCGGAUCAUGUCCGAGGAUAAAUACCUCUGCACACUUGCGCAGAAGAACCUGAACGCGGGCGUCUUUGUCAACGGCGAGCUGCACCCGACGAUGGAAAAGGGCCCGCUGUACUUCCAGAAGGUGGUGCGGGAUCUCGUGGUGGAGCACUUUGAAAAGGAGGAAAAGGCCAAGAGUGAGAUCUGGCCGGCGCGACAGGCGCUGCCCAAGGAGGCGUCGGUCAGCGAGAAGGAUGUGCAGUUCUGCUCGACUCUGAGCUGCCAGCCGAAUGGGGGCGAGUGUUGUUCGAACCUGGCUGCCCAGGCGCCGGCGGCUGUUGCGUGGUGA